AUGCUUUGUAAUGUCUGUCAUGAUAUCCAUUUUAAGCCAAAAUUACAGUUGACGAGAAGAGAGAAAAUAAGUGUCAUAGACCCUGAAGCCUGGCCGACUGAUGACGACGAUAAUGAAUGCUAUGAGGAACAACUUUCUGAUGAUGACAUCAACGAAGCACUAGAAAUUUCAGGUCUAAAGGGUGAACUGUUUUAUUUUCAUCAUCCCAAUUUGAAAACGUUACGAAAAUCAGCAGAUAACGGCUGUCCUUUCUGUUAUCAACUUUACAACUUGCUUGAACAACACAUACUUGAAGAAGCAUGGGCGAAAGAACUAUUUGAUAAGAAUGAUUCUUUGGAAGUCUACCUUUGCUAUAACCCUCAUGAGAAUGAGAUUUCAUCUGAAAGAGAACAGGAUUACCUGGGAGCUCUUCGUGUAAAUCUUGGACCUGAAAUCUUCGUCUAUCUGAGAUUAAAGGAUCAAAAUGUAUAUAUCACGCAAAAAUACUAUGGCAAUUCAACCACUGGAUCUACAACAAAUUUCAGCUUAGCAGCUAGAUGGCUAGAGGAUUGCAUGAAGAACCAUACGCAAUGUUCUGCACAACUUCAGAUGAAUACAGAGCUUCCUCUCAGAGUUCUGGAUGUUGGGGAAAUAGAAGGAUCGAAACGGGUAUUUCUGUCCGUUGGCAAAAGGGGUAAAAAGCGGUUCGGAUCCUAUGCAGCGCUUUCCUACUGUUGGGGUAAAGAAACUAUACCUCCCCGACACUUCACAACAAGUAGGAAUAUCGAGACCUUGAAGGAGGCUAUCGAUGUUUCAAAUCUCCCAAGAACUCUCACCGACUCUUUUCUUGUAUGUAGACAUUUGGGUAUUAAGUUCAUCUGGAUCGAUGCCCUAUGUAUUAUUCAAGACGACCCAGAUGACUGGAACGAUCAAGCAUGUCAAAUGAGCCAUAUUUAUUCGAAUUCAAUACUCACAAUAGCUGCUGCUAUUGGUGAUAACAGCCAGGCCAGUCUAUUCGUUCAAGAUCCACGGCGAAUCUACCCUACUUUGCUGAACUUUCAGUAUACAACCGAUGAUGGAACAACUACAAGAAAAACGUCAUUUUCGUGCCUUGACAUGGCGGAUAAGCAAUGGGGGCACUUAGACACACGCGGUUGGGCUUUCCAAGAGAAAUUUCUACCUAUCAGGACUUUAAGAUUUUCUAAAUCUGGAAUGCAUUGGAUUUGUGCUUCUAAAAAUGCUAAUGAAGGAUUACCUAUGGGGAUGAAACCCUCAAAUAGCAAAGCAGACUAUGAUCAUUAUAUAAGAAAUGAUAAAAAGUGUCUUCCUGCAAGUUCAUUGGACAAUAGGCAAAGAUAUUUAUGGUGGUAUCAAGCGGUUGUGAUGUAUAGCCAUCGAAAUUUUACCCAUGAGUCCGACAGGCUUAUUGCACUAUCUGGACUAGCAUUAGCGUUUCAAGAAUUACCAAAUGACUAUUUCUACGGGUUAUGGAAAUCAGACAUAGCGUACGGAUUAGCAUGGAGCCUUUUGCCGAAAAACAAUGAAUCCAUCCAAAAUACCCAAAAUACCCAGUCAGCAUCAUCAUUACCUUCAUGGUCAUGGGCAUCAAGGCCAGGUUACCGAAUUGUUUAUCAUAACCCGGGUAUUAUUCCAGGUUGGGAUUCUACAGGCGUAGACGAAGAUUACUUAGACACCUCUGUAGUCAAUUGUAGGAAGUGGGAGUGGGAACCAUAUCAAAAAUGUCUGUUUGUCGAGGUGUCAAAGCUGGUACCUGAAAGCUCAACUAAAGAUUCGGGUGGUCUGAAUUCAAAUGGAUUAUUAAGAUUACGAAGUUCACUUCUGAGAGUUCUAUUAUUGGAACCAGUCAAAGAUUUAGAUUGCCCGAAAGAGAGAUUUUUUACGGCAUAUAAGCUCACGGAUUACUCGUCAUCCCAGAAUGAUAAAAUAAGGCUGAUCAGAGGCAAAGCAUCUUUUGAUGAGCACUUUUGUGUGGCUGACGACUUAUAUAUACUACCGCUUUUUGGAGUUCAGAGUUCACCUGAUAAUUGCUUGUUAUUAAAAAAGAUUGACAAAGGAGAAAUGAUGUUUCGAAGGCUUGGGUUUCUGAAUUUGUGGGAAGGCAAAGACAACUUCGUUGACGAAGUACCUGUGACCCUUGUGCUUGUGUAA